AUGUUGGGGGCUCACUGGGGGCCCCAUGAUGACAAGCAUGGAUUCCACUAUAAGCAGCAAGCGAAGUCAUUGGAAGGCACCAAGCAGGGGAACAAUACGAGCUAUCUGAGUUAUGGCCUCCGGCACAGCGUGGGAGACGGGCACGGACUCACGGCCACAGGAAGCGCACACACUGGGGCCGUGAACCACUCUGGCGACGCGUCCGCUGCCCGUGGAAUCCUGAGUCCCGCACAGACACCCCCACCCCGCGGAGGUGAGGCCAAGGCCGAAAGCCAGGCCUGGAGGCUGAGUCCUGAACACGCAGCGGGGCUCUCGUCAGAGCCGCGGAGCAGGGACCCGCGAAAAUUAUGCGCCCUCAUGUGCCCAGCGGGGCGGCUCAUGCGCCUGCAUAUUUUGGACCUUCCUCGGGCCGGUGGGGAUGGUUUGCGCGGAGGGACCGGGGUGCGGCAGGGCCAGGGGCAACUUUGUUUUUUGCAAACAUCGUUUCCGCUAGAAGCGUCAGUGUGGGCCUCAUCUCCAGGUGGGCCGAAGUUCUCAGAGGGUCCUUCCCGCCUUGUGUCCUACGUCACCUCUGACGACGCCCACGUGGGCAUCUCCCGCUUGGACCCCACCCCCUGA